AUGAACUGCGUCAUUAUAAAGUAUGCAUGCGCCUAUUAUGGCCUGCGCGUCUGUUGCUUGGUCAUAGAUAAACCGUUGAGGAUUGCACCCCUCCAGAUGCAGCUAAAGAAGCUCUGCAAAUUGUGGCCGCGCACCUUAUUUCGUGCGGAACGCAAAAAUACUUUUGUUGAUCAUCUUAAGUCUAGCAAGCACAAAGAAAAGGAACAUUUUCUUUCUGUUAACAACGUAAAUAUAGAUGAAGCUGAUUUCCAAAGUGAAGUUUGGGAAGAUAUUAGCGAUUUUGCAUGGUCUUCUGAAAUUUGUUUGUUUUGCAAUUUCAAGAGUGAAACUAUGGCUUUAAGUAUAAAGCAUAUGACGGAGAAGCACAGUUUUUUCAUUCCUGAUUAUGACUAUAUAAUUGACGUGGAGGGCUUUAUUAAUUACCUUGGCGAGAAAAUUUAUAAAAACUUUACUUGCUUGAAGUGUAAUGAAAAAGGUCGAACUUUUUUGAGUGCUGAAGCUGUACAGAAGCACAUGCGCGAUAAGGGACACAACACUAUCUCUUUUGAAAGAGAGGAAACUUUGGAAUAUAGCGAUUACUAUGACUACCGGCCUUCCUACCCCGACUACGAUCCCGACAAUCCUGAACAUAACAUGAUCCCACAACUCGACUCGCCUCGAAUAGACUUCGAGACGGCUGAGCUUGUGGCUCCGGACGGGACACGUGCAGCGCAUAGGAGUCUGCUAUAUUAUUAUAAACGCUAUUCUUUGCGAGAUGGCUGUGUGGUUGUUACCACCAAGAAGAGUUGCGAAGUUAAUUCUUUUGCACCUCCCCAAAGUCGCUUCUUGCGAAACUCUCAACGCUAUAAAGCCGAGCUUGAUAAGAAGUGGUACACCCGACUCGGCUCGAAGACGAACAGCCUGCAGCGUCGUUACUUUCGGCCUCAAGUCAUCUUCUGAUCUGGAAGUGCCGUUUUCCCUUGGAAAAGUAAUCUUCUAGCACAUCUCAAAGAAACCGGCAAUGCUAAUUUAUACGAUUAACUU